GAGAGGCUGAGGAUGCCCCAUCCCUGGAGGUGCUCACAGCCAGGCUGGGUGGGCCCUGUGUGACCUGACCUAGUCCUGACCUAGCGGCUGGCAGCCCUGCCUGCAGCUCAGGGGUGGAAUCUGAUGAUCCUGAUGAGCCCAAGCCAUUCUGUGAUUCUGAGAUUCCACGAGCAGAGCCGGGCCCAUCCCAGCCCACAGGCAGUGGCUCCAUGUGCAGUCAGCGCAAAAGGGAAGCAAUAAUUUUCACUGGCUUUAAGUUUUGUUGAAAGUAAUACGGUUUUUAUUUUGCUCCUUUUGUUUUCCAAUUUCCCAAUGAGCUUCUACUUUCCAGACCUCACAAACAAAAGAACCUUAUGGAGAAAACAAAAGAACUGAAUAAAAACAUAAUCUGUCUGAGCCCAGCCCAACACCAAUGGAGACAAAGACGCCGCUGCGCUUUGCUCCUCCUCAUUUACCCACUGCCGCUCCGAGACGUCAUUGCGUGGGCAUAUUAAGUACACUUCACUGCGGUUGGUGAAGGAUCUCCCUUGUACUGUCCUGAUUUGUGACGUGCAAAGAGUCAGAAAAAGCCUUUGCAAUACUCUGCCUGGAAGGUCGGGGAGCAGCCGUGCCCUCUGUUCCAUGAGUGCAGGCAGAAGGCCGGGUGCGCUGUGUGCCCUGCCGGCCCCGUGCUGCUGAUUGCUGCCGCUUGGCAGUGGGAAGCUGGGGUGUGCAGGGAGCAGGCAGGGCUGUGCCAACAGCCCCACAGCCCCUGCAGUAGGAAGGACCCCCUGCUGCUCCAUAGGGACUGCAGGCACAGCCAAAGCUGUGGGUGAGAGGUGAUCAGGGUGUGCCCACGCUGUGUGCUCGGGGUGCAGCAUGGCUCUCCAGGAUGGAGCGAGGCCAACCUGCUGCCAUUGGGCCGUGCUCCUCGCAGCAGAGUUGAGAGGUGAUCCGGACAAAUGUGACAUCUGGGGGAACACUCCGCUCCACCACGCCGCGUGCAACGGUCACAUCCACUGCAUCUCUUUUCUGGUCAACUUCGGUGCCAACAUAUUCGCUCUGGACAAUGAGCUCCGCACGGCGCUGGAUGUGGCUGCCAGCAGAGAUCGCCACGAGUGUGUCAGACUGCUGGACAGGGCUGCCACGGAGCAGAACGUGGCCAACCCCAGGAAGGUCUCCAAACAGAAGGCCCAGGCCCAGAGGAACGUGGAGAAACAGAUCAAGGAGUGCAAGAAGCGGCAGGAGAAGCACCAGCAGGAAAUGAACAGGAGCUACAUGAAGGAGGAGGUUGGCUCGGUGACCUCCUCCAGAGGGACUCACUCCAGGGUGAAGCUGCCAACUCUCUUCACAUCCAAUACAGCAGCUCCUUUCUCCAAAAACCUGAAAGAUACCUUCAAACUGAAGGCAAAAAGGAUGACUGGCAGCACGAGAAGCCAGGAGCCACAGAGCAACGGCCAGGCAGACGGUGGAGACAGGGGAAGUGUGAUGCACUUGUUUGAUGAGAGGGAGGAGGACGACUUACUGAACGACGACGGCCAGCACUCCAUUUUCACACGGCCAGGUCUCGGCAAGAUCGUGUUUGGAAGGAAUUUGGCUGCGGAUAUAGAUCCCGGGACUGUGUCUUCCCAGAAAGAAGGUAUCAGCUUUAAAAUGUCCAGCGAGCUCUUCCAGAAUGAAAGUGCUGAGAGCAGCACAGAAGGCGACGCUGGAAGCAGUGCAGAGGUCCCCUGGCAGGAGGAGGAGCUGCUCUGGGACGACGAGGAGGCGGAGUGCACACCCCUGGAGGUGUUUCUGGCCUCACAGAUGCUGGAUGAGUUUCUACCUGUCUUCAUGAGGGAAAAAAUGGAUUUAGAUGCCCUGAUGCUGUGUUCUGAUGAAGACCUACAGAACAUUCAGGUGGAGCUGGGGCCGAGAAAGAAAAUCCUGAGUGCUGUGAGUAAAAGGAAACAGGCAUUCCGGGAUCCUGGAAAGACUGUGGAUACCUGCUUGUAAAGCAGCAUCCCCGCCACUGAGAUCUGCUGAUCUGCACGCUGAGAUCUUUUCCUGCUUCAAAACAGCAUGCGACUCUUCUCAGACCACUGCUAAUGCAAAGGGCAAAGAGCUCAUGGCAAUGCAAAGAGAGGUGCAGCCAGACCGGGGCUCCUCGCCGCAGCUGGUGGCUGUGGUGCGCGGGGUGCAGUGUGGAUUUGGGCACAUUCUGCCAGAAAGAGAAUUGACAGUAAGAGCCAAGAGCUGCAAUACAGGGCUCAUUCGACCUGUUUAGGAGGUGGGGGUCUCUGGGUGUGACUGAAAGCUGAGCGCACCGCCCAGCUUAACGAACCACCCCAUUCUUCUGCAAAACCCCACUGAGUGUUCCCAGAGCUGCGGGCUUCCAGGUUUAUCUCUGUCCCCGUUUUAGAUUGCUGCACACUUCUCUUCUCAGUGCUGCUUCUCUGCUAGAAUAAAAUCUGCUCCUUGGCUCCA